CGCAGAGGACAGUGGAUUGAGUUAGCUGGAAGACGAUAUUGUCUUUGAAGCGCAGCUAAUAAUUGAAUUUGUAAUUAAGCAACAAUGUCCUCAGUUGAGUAUUUGAGAGAGUUUGUCAGCGAGCGACUAACAGCUGCUGCUGAAGAAAUAUUCAGAGUUUUUAAAGAAACUAUCGUUGAGUACGAGGAGGAGAUCCGUCGUCAGCGCAAACUGCUGGACGUCGUGUGGAAACCCGAAAUAAAGAUACACAGGACAGAGCUCCCACAGCAACGUGUCAGUGAGGAGGAGAAGGAAGAGGAGGAGGAGGAGGAGGAGAAGGAGGUUCUCCCUGAGCAGCAGCUUUGUGACCAGCAGAGGAACUCCAGUCUGGACCUAAAGCCUCCACGGAUUAAAGAGGAACAGGAGGAACUCUGCACCAGCCAGGAGGGAGAGCAGCUUGUACUGAAGCAGGAGACGGACACCUUUAUGUGGACUCCUACUUAUGAGGAAAGCGACCACCUUGAACCAGAACCGAGAAGUGACCACCAGCUCCUCUGUAACAACGGUCAUGUUGCUCAGAACCAAGAUCAGAAAGGAGACGAGGAUGGAGACUCACAGUCAGCUGGAGUUGCAGAGAAAAGCCAAAGUGAAAGUCACAGUGACAAAGUACACUACCCUGACAUGUCACAUACUGACCACAAUGCUCGCACAGGUAAACGGACUUUCAGAUGUGACACCUGUGGAAAAGACUUUAAUCAGAAGCAGACGCUGCAGAGACACCGGAGACUCCACACAGGUGAGAAGCCAUAUUCGUGCAAAACAUGCGGGAAAGACUUCAGACAUGACAGCGUGUUGAAAGGCCACAUGAGAACGCACACAGGGGAGAGGCCGUACCUGUGCAAGACCUGUGGGAGAGCUUUCAGACAAAACGGGAACUUGACAGUCCACAUGAGGAGGGUGCACUCUGGCGAAAAGCCGUUCGUUUGCAAGACGUGCUGGAGAAGAUACGUUGACCUGCCAGCACUGAGAACGCACAUGAGAAGAGUCCACGCUGGGGAAAAGCCGCACCUGCACAAGACCUGCGAGAAGAAGUUCACUGAUGUUUUGACUGUGAAAUCUCAUGAGACAGUCCACUGUUUCCCACAGGUCUGAAGUGGCCUGCAUCACAUUUGUUAGUCAGUGAAUAGUUUUUGUUUUUUUCACGUAUUAUAUUUUAUAGAUCCAACCCUCAUCUCCAUGUACCCACAUGUGAAGAGAAUAAAGCACUACAAAGAUGGCACCUCUAGAUUCUUUUAAGACUUGAUCGCCUGUGCAUAUGGGAACACCUCUGGUGCUGGUUCAUCUAUCGAUAUUCAGACGUGCAGCCAGCUGCUCCCCCUUUUUUGAUGAAGUGCUUGGUGCAUGUGAUUCUUUGUUGUGUGUUCAGUUCAUAUUAAUUCAGGUAGCAUGCCAACCUUAAAUGAUGCAGGGCUUUCGGCCCACCCUCUAGGGUCUCUUCAUCUCUGUUUGCAGUUCAGCACCGGACAGCGCCGAGUCAGUGACUCUCCGCCUCCCUUAGGCACCAAUAGCUCGAAAAAAUAUGGUUUCAGUGUACUGAUUAAUCCAAUUAGCCCGUAUCAACAUACACAUGAUAAAGCUGUGCUAAAUCUGUGCCUAAAACUGCCACUGGUUAAAAUGAGGCUACGUGACAGAGUCGAGACACAUCUCCGCCAUCUAUUCCUUCACCGUUUUGAGGGUGGACCGACAGCCCUGCACAACUUAGCCACACAGUUCGUCUGCACGUACCAAAAAGCACCAGAGCAACAGUAUAAUAAUCUAGUUAUGAUUACUGAUGAAUUUUGGGUGAUGUGUUCGUGUAAUAAUCAUCUUACCUUGUGAGGUAUAUGAUCAGAUGAACCAAAUAUCACACAUAUGUUAGAUUAAGCAUGAUAAGAGGUAAACUGAUGUUUAAACUGCAAGCCACUCUCAGUCGUGGUAUAUGAGAUGACACAGGACAGGCCAGCAAGAGGGAGUCCUAGUGUGGAAAUGUAAUCUUAGGGGACUGUUCAGAUGUGAAUCCCCAACAGAGGUGGACAUAUAUGGGUGAGAGUGGAGGAAUACAUUCCUCAGUAAGACAAUGUACAGAACAUGGCCUUACUUGUGAGUUAGGUAAUGGGUGGAGUAGGACAAACCAUUAUGCUAUAUAUUGUAUUGUCUUUAUGAUAACGGCAGAGUUUUUCUGAUCUGACCCUGAAGCUCUCUCAGAUGGCCGGCAUCUGAUCUGAUACUGCUUGUUAUUAAAGUU